CAAAGUCCAUAGAGACCCACUUUCACAUCACCAAAAUCCAAACACAAAAGAGUUCUUGUGUGUUUUCUCAAAACGUGCACGUGAAACCCCAAUAAUUCCUCAUGCACAAGUGGGGUAUAGAAGACAGCACUUCUUCUUUUGUUCUCAUGCCAAAUUCCACCACUCAAGAAUCUCCUCCAUUACCCUUACCUUCCACAUUCCUCUCAAUGUUUCUUCUUUCUUACUUCCCUUGAAUUUCUUUUCUCUUUUUCCAAAUUGAUAUGCCAAUGGCCAUAGCUAUGUUGCCAUUAUUUCUUUCUCUUGUUUCAUUUUACUUCAUCAUUGCAAAUGGGGGUUGUUCAUUUCAAGAGAAGAAGAUUUUCAAAGUGCAAAUGUUGCAGAGGAAACAAUUAUUUGGUAACCAAGGUUGCAUCCUCCCAGAAUCAAGAAAGGAGAAAGGUGCUAUUAUCCUUGAAAUGAAGGAUAGAGGUUAUUGCACAAAGAAGAAAAUUAAUUGGAACAUGAAGCUUAAGAAAGAGUUAAUGUUAGAUAAUCUUCGUGUUCGUUCGAUGCUAAACAGGAUUCGAAUAAAGCUCUCUAGCCAUAGCUUAGAACAACCAUCACAAAUCCAAAUUCCAUUAUCUUCUGGUAUAAAUUUGCAAACUUUAAACUACAUUGUGACAGUGGGAUUAGGUAGUCAGAACAUGACAGUGAUAAUUGAUACUGGAAGUGACUUAACAUGGGUCCAAUGUGAUCCUUGUAUGUCAUGUUAUAAUCAACAAGGACCUGUAUUCAACCCUUCAAACUCCAUUUCCUAUAAAUCAAUCCUAUGCAAUUCAUCAACAUGUCAAUCUCUUCAACUAACAACAGGAAACACAGGUUCAUGUGAAUUUAAUCCAUCAAGUUGUAACUAUGUUGUUAACUAUGGUGAUGGAUCGUAUACCGAUGGCGAGCUAGGUGUUGAACACCUUACUUUUGGAAACAUUUCAAUGAGUGAUUUUGUGUUUGGUUGUGGUAGGAACAAUAAAGGUUUAUUUGGUGGAGUUUCUGGUCUAAUGGGCUUAGGAAGAAGUAACCUUUCAUUGAUAUCUCAAACAAUUACUUCAUUUGGAGGUGUUUUCUCUUAUUGUUUACCAACAACAGAAAAUGGAGCUUCUGGGUCAUUAGUUAUAGGUAAUGACUCAUCAGUUUUCAAAAAUCUUACUCCAAUAGCUUACACCAGCAUGGUUUCAAAUCCACAGCUAUCCAACUUUUAUAUAAUGAAUCUAACUAGCAUAGAUGUUGGUGGUGUGGCUUUGGAAAGUACGAGUGUCGGCAACGGAGGAGUUCUGAUUGAUUCCGGAACGGUGAUCACGAGACUAGCUCCAUCCGUCUACAAUGCUUUAAAGGCAGAAUUUUUGAAACAGUUUUCUGGUUUUCCUUCUGCACCAGGGUUAUCAAUUUUGGAUACAUGUUUUAAUCUAACUGGGAAUGAGGAAGUUAGCAUACCUACUAUAAGUAUGCAUUUUGAGGACAAUGUUGAGCUGAAUGUGGAUGCAGCUGGCAUAUUGUAUAUGACAAAAGAUGCUUCACAAGUUUGUUUGGCAUUUGCAAGUCUUUCUGAUGAAAAUGACAUGGCUAUCAUUGGGAAUUAUCAGCAAAGGAAUCAGAGGGUGAUUUAUGAUACCAAACAGAACAAAAUCGGAUUUGCAAGAGAGGAAUGCAGUUUCACUUGAGUAGGGAACUUAGCCACAAUUCAUCAAAGCAGAAUCAAGCAAAUAGUGUCUGCAAAAAACUUCUAGUUUUUUCUAUUCUGACCAUUUAUAUAUAUACUACACAUGCAGCUAUGUUUGCCUUGUAAGAAGGUACUAGCAUAAGAAUGUCAUUUGUGAAGUUUUUCUUAGGUAUAUUGUUCUAUUGGCUUAACUGUAUUUCGAUCUUCAUUAUGAUUAAUGAAUUAUUUGAAUAUCAUUGCAAUA